UCUUCCGCCCCGGCAGGGGCGCUGCCGUGCUGACGUCCCAGAAAUGCCUUCCGGGUCAAACAUUCUAUUACCCCGCUUCGCUCUCUAAACAGUCCUUCCGGCUUGACCGCCAUCACAGACAGCAGACAUGGCUAUUCGCUACCCUAUGGCUGUUGGCCUUAACAAAGGCCACCCAGUUACCAAAAAUGUAACUGCUCCCAAACACAGCCGCCGGCGUGGGCGUCUGACCAAACACAGCAAGUUUGUUCGGGAUACGAUCCGUGAAGUGUGUGGUUUUGCCCCGUAUGAGAGGCGAGCCAUGGAGCUGCUGAGGGUGUCCAAGGACAAGAGAGCUCUCAAGUUUAUCAAGAAGAGGAUUGGCACUCACAUUCGGGCCAAGAGAAAGAGAGAGGAACUGAGCAACGUACUGGCUGCCAUGAGAAAGGCUGCUGCCAAGAAGGACUAAUAUGUCACUUAAUAAAAGUUUUUGCUGAACUGGUA